AUGAGGAGAUGGACAACUAUGCAAUUCGUUCGACAUGGCUUUCAACAAGUUCCAACACAAUUAGCUGAUAUUCUUCUUCCAUCUGUUAACAAUACUACAACUACAAUUGCUGAUAAUGAUGAUGACAAUAAUAGUUUAGAAACAGCUGAUGAUAUACAGGAAAGACAUGAAUUAUAUCGUGAAUUAUACUACCUUAUUUUUACAAAAACAAAAAAAAAUGGGUUGUGUGAACGGUAG